GCCUCAAAGGUCCUGAGAUUGUCCUGGAUGUUUGUUUUCAAUUUAAUUUCACUUGACUCUGUCUGCUGUCAAGUAGAGAGCUGGGAAUUGCUUUCCAGCAUCCUUUGGGAACUGAAACUAGCAGUCAUUUUCCCAGAGGAGAAGCAAUGAAUGGAACCACGAAACCUAGUACUUGGUUCUGUUACCAUGGGAGAGAAAUGAAAUUUUGUGACAUGAUGUUUAGGUCACUUGAGACUAUGGGGUCUCUGGAUGGGCCAAGGUGAGGCUAAAAUUCAUUGUUGUCAAGUAGUCUGAUGGAGGGACUGGGGCUGCCUCCAUCUUUCUUUCUGAUUGCCUUCAUUUCAGUAUUGGAAUUCCCAUUGACUGAGUCUUCAGUAUCAAGAAUCCUAAGUCUUGGGGGUCAGCUUCAGUGACUGCAGACGCUAAGCAAGGCGACAGGGGAUUGGUGAGCCUAGUGUCUACCAUGCCGUGGUGGUGAUCUUCCUCGAGUUCUUUGCCUGGGGCCUGCUCACGACCCCCAUGUUAACGGUAUUGCACCAGACAUUCCCACAGCACACCUUCCUGAUGAAUGGCCUGAUCCACGGAGUCAAGGGUCUGCUGUCUUUCCUCAGUGCCCCUCUCAUUGGCGCCCUCUCAGACGUCUGGGGCAGAAAGUCAUUCCUCCUCUUGACGGUGUUCUUCACCUGUGCGCCCAUUCCCCUCAUGAAGAUCAGCCCAUGGUGGUACUUCGCAGUCAUUUCCAUGUCGGGCGUCUUUGCAGUCACCUUCUCCGUCAUCUUUGCCUACGUGGCUGACAUCACACAGGAACACGAGCGGAGCACAGCGUAUGGCCUGGUCUCUGCUACCUUCGCUGCCAGUCUGGUGACAAGCCCAGCCAUCGGUGCCUACCUGUCCCGUGCCUACGGUGACACGCUGGUGGUGGUGCUGGCCUCAGGAGUGGCUCUGCUGGACAUUGGCUUCAUCUUACUGGCUGUGCCCGAGUCCCUGCCUGAGGAGAUGCGGCCUGUGUCUUGGGGAGCUCCCAUCUCCUGGGAGCAGGCUGACCCCUUUGCUGUGAGUGAGCCCAAGGCCAGAAGCUGGAGCCACACUCCUUGGGCAGAUCCAGCCACGAGCACACGUGCAAACAUUGGAGGGUCCUCUGAGCAGCAGCCUGGACUGGAAAGGGCGGGUCCAGGAGACCAGGUAAUUAGCUUUUCCUCAGAAACAGUGGCUGCCUUCAUCGGUGUGGUGGGGAUUCUGUCCAUCCUGGCUCAGACAGUGGUGCUGGGAAUCCUGAUGCGCUCCAUAGGGAACAAGAACACGAUCCUGCUUGGCCUGGGGUUCCAGAUCCUGCAGCUGGCCUGGUAUGGCUUUGGCUCCCAGCCUUGGAUGAUGUGGGCCGCCGGCGCAGUGGCAGCCAUGUCCAGCAUCACCUUCCCCGCCAUCAGCGCCAUGGUGUCCCGGAAUGCAGACCCCGACCAGCAAGGUGUUGUUCAGGGGAUGAUCACUGGCAUCCGGGGGCUGUGCAACGGUCUGGGGCCGGCUCUGUAUGGCUUCGUCUUCUAUCUGUUUCACGUGGAGCUGAAUGAGAUGGUGGCAGUAGAGAGCCUGGAGAAGGCCACCAAGCCCAACAUGGCCAACCCUUCGGAUGAGCGGAGCAUCAUCCCGGGCCCCCCUUUCCUCUUCGGCGCGUGCUCAGUCCUGCUGUCCCUCCUAGUGGCCUUGUUCAUCCCUGAGCACAAUCAUCUCACACUGCGGUCCGGCAGCCACAAGAAACACAGCAACGGUGCCCAGAGCCACACGCACAGCCCCCAGGCGGGCGGCUUGGAUGGGAAGGAGCCCCUCCUGGUGGACAGCAGUGUAUGAUGGGAAGGAGAGGCAAGGAUCUCCACCUCCACCCACCCCACCCCCAUCAACAGCAGUGUGCUCGAUGUGGACCGGACCGGGGGGGAGGGGAGGUGGUCACGGACUGUACCACUAACAGCAAAUGAGAGGACCUAGAAGCCUGAGGCCCUUCGAGCCAAACACAGAUAAACACAGCUAGCCACAAACUCGGUCCCAAUGGUGCAAAACUAGGCUUCCGUCAUCCACCCAGGGCUGGAAAAUGGGAAGGAGUUGGGACAACACCGUGUGAAGAUGGGCAGGUGUUAAACUCACCUGCUUCCGGGGAACUGUGGACUUGGAAAUGGAACCUGCCAAUUCCUCAUCUUGCCGGGGAGCAAGAGAGUGGCCGAAUCUCAGGCCCUGGCCCGCUCCCCUCCCAGGCUCUGACAGCCACCACAGUCAUGGGAGGCCCUUCUGAUCCCCCUCUGGGGGAUCCAUUCCUGGUCCACUGGGUGAGGCGGGGAGGAUGGAAAGAGUGUCCUGGGAGUGAAGUACCCAGAAUGGGAGAUAGCACCCACCCCCACAAGCAGGACAGGAGCCCGGCAACAGCAACUCCACUGUUGGCUCUAGCCAGAACUGACCCUCCCUACCCCAUGGCCCCCCUCUUCCUUGGCACCCAACCAAAUGUGCCUGCCCAGCCCAGGAAACUUGGGCAGGGAGAGCCUUGCUGACGGUAUCAUAGAAGGCAAAGAAUUUCCCACACCUUUGUGAGGGAUCUCAGUGUGCCCCCCAGCAACCCAAGAUGGAUGACCCCCUUCCUCAGGCCCAUCUGGCCUGCAGUAGCCUGAAUGCCAAGUUUGUCAUGGUUCAGAACUGGAGGAGAGGGGGAAGGCUCAGGGAUGUCCAGGUACACAAAGGGGCUGGCACCUUCUUACUGGUUUGCACCCAUCUAUUGGCCCUUCCCCAGAUCCCCCAGCAGCUGCCGUCCAAAAAGCACCAGAGCUUGUGGGUCAUUGGAAUAACUGGCUGCUGGGGCCUCUCCUGAAAAGUGCUCCAGGCGCUGGAGCUCUGGGGAGAGAAGCCUGGCCAGUAACCUGUCGUCCCCCCAGGUUCCACCCCUAGAGGUCCAGGAAGGGGUAGAGGAGGAAAGGCCAAGAUGUCUCCUGGCCUGCGGUCACUUGAGAGAGCAGCAGUGGCCUCUGGGAUCCACAAAACUUAGCUCAGAAGGCCACAACAAAGCACCUUUAAGGAAGGUCAGGCUGCCCAUGUGAUGCUAGAAAAGCAACCAGAAGGCGGGAGUGCUGAUAAUUAUCUGAAACAGCAGGAGUGACCCAGCCUUGACCCCCUCGGGUGGACUGUUUUCCCCAUGUUGUUUCUGACUUGAUUCCUAGUGCCCCUCGCCCACUAGGACCAUUCACUUGGCCUGGCUUCCUGAUGUGGGGAAGGCCCCCAGUGCAGGGCCAGCUGCCAUCAGUGCUCUGGCUUUGUCCCUCUCUUGUGGCCCCUGGAGGUCAGUUACAGGUCUGGUGCCGUCAGCCCUGAAGCAGCCCGUGACUUCGCCAUCCAGCGAGGCACUGAUGGGUUCCUGGGUCGCCCUCCUCCCCUCCGCCCCAGCAUCCCCUGAGCCUCCCUGACCCUCUGUGCCUGCCUCGGACAUGUUUGCCCCCAGGAGGGGGUCCCAAGCUCUCCCACCAUUCUCAGCCAAGCCUUUAGUUUACAUAUAGAGCAGUGUGAGAUCCCUGGCCUACACCUCUUGUAAGGUAGAAAGUCUUUAAGUGGAUCUCUAACUGGCCCCUCACCAUUUGUCCAAGAGCCUCCAGAAGUGAGGGAUUCCUUUGGGGGUUCUGUGUGUCUGGCAGGGCUGGUGGCCAGAGGUGCCUUGCCCUCAGCCUGCCCAUACGUGUCCUCCUUCAUCCAGGACCUACGAUGCUGGAGCCAGAGCCAUCCAGACAUUGUGGAAAUGAAGCCACCCUGGGGGAGGAGGUGGGGGUGGCUUUCACAUUUUGCACUUUAGUCUGCAGGGACAGGUGGACCCCAAAGUCCCGUUUCUCAUUCCUCUUCUCCUUGCAGCCCCAGGCUCAAUGACCCCAGGCCUCAUUUGGGUGACCCCACCAGGGGUUUAUUUCCAACAGUCAACCCAUCAGAAAAGCAAAGUCUCAGUCAUCCUUUCAAAACAAUGUCACAGAAGACCACUUCAAAAAAAUUUUUUUUUUUUUAACACCUUCAAGUUAACAGACCAACUUGGGUUAUCAGGCUGGGAGCCCCUAGGUAGCAGAGAAGUCUCCUGUGGUAUUUUGGCAUUUCCAGGAACAGAACUAUGAGCAGGGACAGCUGAUCCCCUUACCCCAAAAACCACAAGGCCCCCUCCCCUUUGCAGGGUCCUACCAG